AUGUGCGAGCACGCGGGCCUCCGCCACCGCGUGGAGUGGAUGCACGCGCGGUACGCGCUGCGCCCCGGCGAGGCCACCGUGCUCAAGCACGCCUACACGUUCGGCCUGUCGGAGUGGGAGGUCUUCUGGCCCCUGGCCGUGGGCGCCGCGCUCGUGCUGCCCAGGCCGGGAGGCGAGAAGGACUUGGGGGACUCGGAGUACAUCUUCGGGCUCUGUGCCCGGCACCCCGUGACCGUCAUGUACAUGGUCCCGUCCAUGCUUAACAUGCUGUUGGACUACCUGCACACGGAGGAGAAGAGGCCGGCCGAGGCCGGCGUCGUCCUCCGCCAGGUGAUCACGUGUGGGGAGCCGCUGCACGAGGAGACCAUACAGCAGUACUUCAGGCACUUCCGCGACGCCGAUCUGGACAACAUCUACGGGCCCACUGAGGGCUCGAUCACGUACUGGCGCUGCCCCCGCGGCGGCUGUACCUCCACGGUGCCCAUCGGCGUGCCUAUAUGCGGUGCCCGAGUGUACGCGCUGGCCGACGGGUCGCGCAGGCUGGCGGAGGUCAACGUGCCAGGGGAGGUGCACUUCGCUGGCAAGCUCAUCGCCCGCGGCUACCUCGGCCUGCCAGAGGCCACGGCGCAGGCCUUCGUCAAGGACACCGUCCUCGAGAGCAGGUACCCCGGCGACCGCAUGUACCGCACCGGCGACCUGGCCUGCUGGAAGCCGACUGGCCAGCUGCACUUCCUGGGGCGCAUGGACAGCCAGGUCAAACUCCGGGGUUACCGCAUCGAGAUCGGAGAGAUCGAAGCCGCUAUCCGGGGUUGUGCGGGCGUGAAGGACACUGCCGUGGUCCUCGCCGGCGACGGCGAGGCGCGCUUCCUGGCCGCCUACGUGGCGCCGCUGCAAGUCGACCUGCAGCAGGUGCGCGCCACGUGCGCCGCGAAGCUGCCAGCGUACAUGUCCCCGGCGGCCUGGCUGCGGCUCGAGAGGCUGCCGCUAACCGACCGUGGCAAGCUGGACAAGAAGGCGCUGCCGCCAGCGCAGGCCCUCGCACCGGCGCAGGGCUCCUGGGCGUACGCGCCCACGCGGCCCCGCACGCCCCUGGAGGGCGCGGUGGUGGAGGCCUUCGCGGAGGUCCUGCAGAGGCAGCCGUCGGAGGUGGGCGUCGAGUCCGACUUCGUCGCCCUCGGCGGCAACUCCGUGCUGGCAGGUAAGGUCACGUCGCGCCUGCGGCGCUCGCUGCGCCUGCCGCUGCCGGGCGCGGCGCUGUACCAGCGGCCGACGCCGGCGCGGCUGGCGCAGCUGCUGGAGCAGCUGCGCCAGGAGGCCGCGGCGGAGGAGGGGUGUGCCCAGCAGGGCGAGGGUGACGCCGCCGCUGGCGAGGGCCCAGGCGCCCCGGAGCUGCGCUGGCAGGGGCUCUCGUCCACGCGGCCAGCGGCGGUGGCGAUGACCGCGCUGCUGCCCCUGCUGGAGGUCUUCGGGCAGCUCACGGACCUCAGCGGCUUCGUCGAGGUCCUGAUCCUCAAGCUCCUGCUGGAAGGGGGCCACGGACACCAGCUGUCCGUGCACCAGCUCGUCGCGGUGUUCGCCUGCUCGUCCAUGGUCUUCGGCCUGCUACUCUUUGCCGUGGACGUGCUGCUCGCGCUGGUGCUGAAGCGCGCCCUCGUCGGGAGGCUGCGCAGGGGAAGCUACCCGGUCUUCUCCGUGGAGUACUUCCAGUGGCUCUACCUCCAGCGGGUGACCAAGGGCGUGGUCAAGCUCGCCUGCGCCCUCUUCGGCGGGACGCCCGUGCUGAACCAGGUCUACCGCCUGCUGGGCGCACAGAUCGGCCAGGGCGUGCGGAUCAAGAGCAGGCAGCCCAUCCUCGAGCCAGACCUCGUCACCAUCGAGGACGGGGCCUACAUCGGCGACGAGUGCAAGCUCACCUGCUCCUCCAUCGUCGACGGGCGGCUGCUGCUGGACCCUGUGCACGUCGGCCGGGGCGCACGGGCGAGGCCCUACAGCUCGUUGGGCCGCGGCGCCUGGCUGCCCGCUGGCGCCGAGCUCCCGCCGCGCAGCUGUCUCACAGGCUACGGCGGCGGCGCCAGCGGCCUCGAGACGGGCGGCCUGGUCGCCAGGGCGCGGUUCUCAGCGCCGCCGCGGGGGCCCGAGACGCUCCUGCUGCUCGGGGUGCCCCUGCUCCUGCUGGCCGACAUGGCGUCCCUGGUGCCCAUGCUCUACCUGUCGGUCUACAUCUCGGACUGCGAGUGGGUGCUCUACAUGGUGGCCAUGGCCGUGGCGGGGGAGCACCUGCACCGGUUCUCCCUGGUGGCGGUCACCGUCUUCGUGAAGUGGCUGCUGGUGGGCAGGGUUCGGGCUGGUUCGAGGACCUCGGAGAGCUCCGUGAGGCGGACCUUCCAUUGGGUCGUGGAGGCUCUGCUGGAGCGCGAGACGUUCAAGAACGCGCUGGACGUCCUCAUCAACACCGAGGUGCUCCGCUUCAUCUUCGUGGCCCUGGGCGCCAGCGUCGGCCCGCGCGCAUGCAUGGACAUGGUCACGUGCCACCACCCAGACCUGGUGUCCAUCGGCGACCACAUGAUCUUCGGAUCCAAGGUUGGCAUCCUGUGCGAGGACGACGAGAGGAGGAGACCCGUGCAGAUCUGUAGGGCCGCCAACGUCCUGGACAAUUGUGUGCUGUGCCCCGGAGUGGUCGUCGGUCAGCGCGCCGUGCUCGGCACGAACACGCUGGCCGCGCCGGGCCAGUACUUCCCGCCAGACACGAUCAACACGGGGAACAAGGGCGGCCAGGCCGUCUUCCUGCGCAAGAAGGGCAGGGGUGCCCCCGAGACGGAGGCCCUGGAGGCGGAGGCCAACCGCCGCCUCGACAGCCCGGGCAUCUGGGCGGCGUUCAACGCCGGCCUGUGCGCCUGCGCGCUUCUGGAGCCCGUCCUCAGAGCUGUGAAGGCCCUGCCCUUCAUCGCCUGCUGGUUUCUGCCCAUGGACAGCUCCAUUCUCGUAUCCUCCGCGGUCCUGCUGCUGAUGAUGGCGAUGGAGGAGUUCGUGGAGGCCGUGUUCCUGUACGUGCUGAAGUGGCUGGUGAUCGGCGCGUUCCGCGAGCGCGAGGUUGUCUUCUUCGGCCUGGAGCACUUCUGGUGGAUGGUGUGGCUGCUGGUGAGCUCCACCUUCAACCACCUGGAGUCGUUCCACGGCACCGCCCUCUACAGCGCCUACCUGCGCGCCAUGGGGGCCGAGGUUGGUUGCGACUGCACGCUGUUCGGCUUCACGCUGGAGUUCGACCUUUAUGCCGUUGUUUCUCCUUCUGACGUCGGCGACCGCGCCAGCGUGGGUCUCGACUGCGACAACACGUGCCACACGGUGGAGAACAUGGUCCUGAAGAUGGUGCCCGUGCGCCUGGGGGCCUACAGCGCCAUGCAGCGGCACAGCUUCGUGAUGCCCGGCGCCGAGCUCGGGGCGGGCGCCGUGCUGCUGGAGGAGUCGCAGGUGCUGAAGGGCGAGACCGUCCCCCCGAACGAGGUGUGGGCAGGCAACCCGGCCGAGCAGCUGAAGGGCGCGCGGGACAGGCAGCGCCUGUGGCAGGUGCCGUGGCAGGCGCCCGAGGCGGCCGAGCCCUCGCCCAGGCGCCGCCCCGCCGCGGCGGACGUCGCGGCGGGCGCGCUGCUCCGCGGCGUCCUCCGCGCGGCCAAGGAGCGCGUGGUGUCCUCUGCGUGGCGCGUGCCGCUGCUGGAGCCGCUCGGCCCGCUGGGGCCCGGCAGCGAAGUCGAGAUGGGCGGCGGGCCCGUUGGGGGCGACGCGCGCCAGCUGCGCUGGCCCGGCGACCUGCAGCGGGGCGGCGGAGCGUGCAUGGUGUGA